CCUGACUCCCACUCUGCGCCGCUUACCUCCACACUGCGACUGCUUCAAAGUCAACUUUUGGAGCGAGCAAUGGCGGCGUAAUACAAACCGACGUUCAACCUUGUCGACUCCCCCCCAUUGUCCUCUCUCUCUGUCACAUCUUGAUCAUCUAUAGACAUCUCGACGGCAUAUCACUUAGACACAUACACCUAGACACACACGCCUCUGCCGGCACACGAGUGCACAGACGUACACACACACAAACACACCACGCGUCACGGCUUCCGCUUCCGCUUCGGGACAACCGGAAGCCACACCCAUUCCACACAGCCGUCAGUCAGCCUCGACCUCUCCCGCCCCACAGCCCUACAAGCUAGAUGGACGCCGCCGCCGCCCGCGCUGCCUCGUCGCGGACGCGGACCGAGUCGCCCGCUCCAUCGCCCCACGGCGCCAUUGGCGAGUUCCCCGUCGGCAUAGGUGGCCCUCCUGCACCCGGCCCCCCUGCACCUGGCGGGUCGGGCUCGACCUCGUCGGUAGCGUCGUCGACCGCGCCGCGUAGAAGCUCAUCGCUCGCUCGGCCGCGCACCCCGCAGGGUGCGGGCGGCGGCAACGACGAGAUCGACCUCACCGCACUCAUCGCGCAGGGCCAGAGACAGUUUGACCUCGACGGCGAGCGCGACCGGGGCCGCUUUGGCGCCGGCCGCUUCGGCAUGCCCAUGCCUGCUGGCGUUGGGACGGCCGCCACGCGCGCCGACUCGCCCUCGCGCUGGGACGACGACCAGUGGCGCGGCAGGAGCUCGAGCAUGCGCAGGCAGACGUCGACACACUCGGCAACUGGGGGCAGCAUCACGCCGACCGCGUCAGGCCUUUCGGGGUUCUUUGAGCAGCCGUUUCCUUCGCCCAUCGGCGCUAGGCCGGCGCGUAGCUCGGUGAAGCUCAAUUCGGCCCCGCCGGCGCCUGCUCCUGGUGCGGUUGCAGCCCCCGUCGACCCGCGCAACGGCGCCGGCAACUCCACGGAACCCGCCGCUGCGGCUGCGCACCACUUACAGGCACUCACGGCCCUCCUUGGACCCCUCAGCGCACAGACGGAGGAGAUUCAUCGCCUCCGUGCCGAGGUCGAGCUCUGGCGUGGCGAGUGGCAGCGCUGCGAUCGCGAGCGCCGCCGUCUCGAGGCGAUUGUGAGUGCUAAGAGCUCCGAGCCGAUUCAAGGUUCGCCCUUCUCAGUGGUACUGAUCGACGGCGACGGAUUAAUCUUCCAAGAUGAACAUCUCCGCAAGGGCUUUGCUGGUGGACAGCAGGCGGCCCGUGCCCUCGUCGCCUCGCUUCCGAAGCUUGCCGGAGGCGUGUUUGUGUCGACAUCAUCGGCGCCGUCACCUCGCUCAGACAGCACAGACGAAGCGCCGACGCACGAGCUUGGUGCGGUGGUUGUCAAUGUGUUUGUCAACAAGUCUGGACUUGGGCAUGCGCUGCUAAGGGCCGGCUCCAUUCCAUCAUGGAGCGUAUAUGAUGCCUUCUGGCUCGGCUUCUCCGCCGCUCAUGACCUGUUCUCUGGUGAGUCGCAGCAGGGCCUGCCGCGUGCCUCGUCUAACCUCCCAGUGAUCGACGUCGGCCACGGCAAGGAGGCCACCGAUGCAAAGGUCCGCGAACACCUCAAGCUUUACACGUCGAAUCGCCAGUGUGGCACCAUCUUCCUCGGCGCCUCUCACGACAACAGCUAUACGACCGUCCUUCAAUCCCUAGAGACGACCACUCCCCUGAUGUCAAAACUCGUCAUCCUCAAGGGUUACAGCGAUCUCGCACACGGUCUGAAGCAGUACGCGGACCGUGCGGUCACUGUCCCAGAUUUGUUCCGGACGACUCGCUUGGAGAAGGUCGUCGCGGCCCACCCUAUGAACGGUGCUCCGUCUCCGACUAGCCCGACCGCCCCCGCGGCUGUCAAGGGGCUGAGGCAGCGUCGCGGCGUACCUCCCCCUAGUCCGCUUGCCGCCGCGCCUCCUCCUCCUCCUCCUACUGUUACCCCAGCGGUCCCCGAGGUGGAGGAGGGAGCGUCCAGCCAUGAGGAAGAAGCCCAAGCCACGGCUUCCGACAACGAGUCCGAACCGGAUGUCCAAGUCAUAGAAUGGGACAGCCUCGGUCACCCGCCCCUGACUCCUCAAACGCCUGGUUGGCCAUCGCGUGGUAGUGGCAGUGGUCCCUCGGGCCGAGGUGCCCGACCGACGUCUGCCCGCGCCAACAACAACCUGCUGGCCACCCCUGGUGAGGAGGAGGAUGGUGACUGGGAGGACGGCAAAAAGAAGGGCAAGAAGUACAAGCCCGCGACUCGGGCAGCUAGCAUCCCGACCGUGAGGAACCUCAAGCCGCGGCCUUGCCACACUUUCUACCUGUCGCCAUGGGGCUGCAAGAACGGCGACGGCUGCGAGUAUGCCCAUCAUUACAAACUCAACGAGGAGCAGACUGAAGAGCUCGCCCGCCUGGCCAAGGAGAUAAUCUGCCCCUACGUCCGCACCAAGCGCUGCCACUUUAGCGAGGACGAGUGUGUGUAUGGUCACCGCUGUCCUCGCGGCGAGCGCUGCACCUUUGGCGAGACGUGCCGCUUCAAGGACCUCCCGAAUGGUCAUGGCGAGGCAGAUGCAGCUGCGGCGGCAGCUCGCGGCUAGGCGAUAAAAACAAGCGAUUGUGGAAGUGGAGGUGGACAACGGUGACUGUAUGCUGUGCUGUUCGCACCAAAAGGUAAACAAACAUGCCCAAGGACAUGCUUUGCGCCCUACCCAUACCUCUACGCCCCUCCCCCCCGCCGCCCCCAAUAUCAAUCCCCCCUCCC